UCCAGCAGUUUAGACAGGGGAAGGGGCAAUGUUAGCGAGCGUAUGAGUCUACCCUUUCCCAAGAUUUUAGACAUUCAAAGUUAGCCAACUUUGCCCGGCAAGUUUGUGAAUGUGAACGGCUCUGCGACUAGCCUGAUUCACAUGCAACAUGUGUAACAACUUUUUGGGGACUUACCUAAAAUGAAUGGCACAAAACUUUAAAGAGAGAGAGCAGCCACCGCGCACAUGCAGCGCAGUUCCCGCUGUGAACGCGUAGCCUACAUUAAGGAAACCGCUUCUGCAACCGCGGGAGUCCGCGCUUCAUUCGGGAAAGGGAAUGAAUCUGGCUUUUAUUUUUCGACACUGGACCCGGGGAUGUGUGUGCUGAAGGAUGCAACAACGUUUCCUCGAAAUGCAGACAGACUGAAUAUUGCCGGGAACAAUAGCAACCCAGAUCUGCGAUUCGCCACAAUUUAGGCUAUAUCUGGAUCUUCUUCGGUCGGAUUUGUUGCCAUUGCAGUUUUCACUCCAUUAGCUAUUCGCUAAUUGCCACCAACAACAUUGUUAUUAUCUGGCCUCUGAUCCACUGUACAAAUAAAGAUGACUUCACCUGCGAGGCUGCGAAAAGACAAGGAGAUUAUCGCCGAAUAUGAAACUCAAGUCAAAGAGAUCCGUGCGCAGUUGGCUGAGCAGCUGAAGUGCUUGGAUCAGCAGUGCGAGCUGCGAGCUCAGCUUCUCCAGGACCUGCAGGACUUCUUCCGAAAGAAGGCUGAGAUCGAGACUGAGUACUCCCGCAACCUGGAGAAACUCGCCGAGAGGUUCCUCUCCAAGAUGCGCAGCACCAAGGACCACCAGUACAGGAAGGAGCAGGGGGUUCUCUCCCCAGUGAACUGCUGGAACCUUCUGCUGAGCCAGGUUAAGAGGGAGGGGCGAGACCACGCUACCCUCAGCGACCUCUACCUCAACAACAUCAUCCCCCGCUUCACGCAGGUCAGCGACGACUCAGGACGCCUCUUUAAGAAGAGUAAAGAGAUGGGCCUGCAGCUUCAGGAGGAUCUGCUGAAAGUUCUGAACGAGCUGUACACGGUGAUGAAGGCCUACCACAUGUACAACACGGACAGCAUCAGCGCGGAGAGCAAGCUGAAGGAGGCGGAGAAGCAGGGCGAGAAGAUGAGCCGCUCCCCGGACUCCCUGGCCGGCGUGCGGGUGGAGGAGAGGCACGUCCGCCGCAGCUCCGUCAAGAAGAUGGAGAAGAUGAAAGAGAAGCGGCAGGCCAAGUACACAGAGAACAGGUUGAAAGCCAUCAAGGCCAGGAACGAAUACCUUCUGGCUCUGGAGGCAACCAACUGCUGCGUGUUCAAGUACUACAUCCACGACCUGUCCGACCUCAUCGAUUGCUGUGACCUGGGUUACCACGCCAGCCUGAACAGGGCCGUCCGUACCUACCUGUCGGCGGAGUACAACGUGGAGACGUCCAAGCACAGCGGCCUGGAGACCAUCGAGAACGCCGCGGACAACCUGGAGGCCACCGGCGACAAGCAGCGACUGAUGGAGUCCUACAACAACGUCUUCUGCCCCCCCAUGCGCUUCGAGUUCCAGCCCCACAUGGGCGACACGGUGUCACAGAUAUAUUCUCAGCCUCCCUUGCAGGCAGACCUGAUCCAGAGGAGCCAGCAGCUACAAACUCGCCUUUCCACCCUGAACAUCGAGAACGAGGAGGUGAAGAAGACGAUGGAGGCCACGCUGCUGACCAUCCAGGACAUGGUGAGCGUGGAGGACUACGACGUGACAGAGUGCUUCCACCACGGGGGCUCCAUGGACUCCGUCAAGUCCAUCGCCUCCGAGUCCUUCAUGAGCAAGCCCAGCCUGGCCAAGAGGAGGGCCAACCAGCAGGAGACCGAGCAGUUCUACUUCACGAAAAUGAAAGAGUUUCUGGAGGGGAGGAACCUGAUCACCAAGCUGCAGGCCAAACACGAGCUCAUCCACAAAUCCCUGGGAGAGGGUCAGAAGACAGAGUGUUGCAUUGCCAGCGCCAGGAGGAACUCUGCUGCCCGGAAGCAGGAUCGUGGCCGGGCCAUCCCUCUGGUGGUGGAGAGCUGCAUCCGCUUCAUCAAUCGCCAUGGUCUACGGCACGAGGGGAUCUUCAGAGUGUCCGGCUCGCAGGUGGAAGUCAACGACAUCAAAAAUGCCUUCGAAAGGGGUGAAGACCCCCUGUCCGUGGACCCAAAUGACCACGAGAUGGACUCCAUUGCAGGCGUCCUGAAACUUUACUUCCGGGGUCUGGACCAUGCCCUCUUCCCGAAGGAAGUCUUCCAUGAUCUCAUUUCCUGUGUCUCUAUGGACAGCCUUCAAGAGCGAGCGGCCCACAUCCGCAAAGUUCUGCUACCACUGCCCAGCAACACCCUGGUCGUCAUGAGAUACCUGUUCGCUUUCCUCAACCACCUGUCCCAGUACAGUGAGGAGAACAUGAUGGACCCCUAUAACCUGGCCAUCUGUUUCGGCCCCACCCUCAUGUCGGUCCCCGAGGGCCAGGACCAGGUCUCCUGCCAGGCCCACGUCAACGAGCUCAUCAAGACCAUCAUCAUCCACCACCACCACAUCUUCCCCGGGCCCCGCGACCUGCAGGGGCCCCUGUACGACCCCGAGGACUACGGUGAGCUCCCCCUUGUGGACGAACCGACUCCUGAAACUGUCAGAGAGCUUCACACCAGCAGUGAAGCCCUGACGCCCGCCCCCGUGUCCCCGGCUGAUCCAGGUCGCCUGCUGCUCUCGGACUCGGACCCCGUCGAGGCGGUGGCCCGCUUUGACUACUCGGGGCGCAGCAACCGGGAGCUGUCCUUCCAGAAGGGGGCGCCGCUGCUCCUCUUCCACCGGGCCUCGGACGACUGGUGGGAGGGGCGUCACAACGGUGUGGACGGUCUGGUCCCGCACCAGUACGUCAAGGUCCAGGACACAGAAGAGGGUAUGGCUGGGAGGCGGAGCCCCAGGACUGAUGUCGAUGGAGCGUGUGACUCCUCACACCUUGAGGAGAAAGUGUCCACUAGGGGGAGCGUGAGCUCCCCUACUGGUGGUCAUGUAGCCGAUAUCUACUUGGCCAACCUUAACAAAAUGAGGAAGUGGCCGGAGUGCGGGAGCAUUCGCCGGGCGUACCGCCAGAGCGAGGGCUCGUCCGAAGUGUCCCCGGGGGCCAGCACGGGCCUGAGGACCACCUCAAUGCCGGUGGGCGGGGUCCCCAAAGAGGUGACCGACAAGAGGCCCGUCAGCGCCCACAGCGUCUUCACCUCUCUCACCCGCCACACGUCCGUCAAGACCAAAGUGGAGAGCCCGCAGUUCCGCAAGGCGGCCCCCGCCGCGCGCUCCAAGAGCUUCAGCAACCACCGGCCGCAGGAGCCCGAAGUCGCCACGGAGACGGAGCCCAGCUCCCAGGACAUCGAGGCAGCGAUGACCUCCGCUCUGAACGAACUUCGCGAGCUGGAGAGGCAGAGCAGUGCCAAGCACGCCCCGGACGUGGUGCUGGACACCCUGGAGCAGCUGAAGGGGGGUCCGGGCCCCCGGGGGCCCACGUCCGAGCCCGCCAGCCCCCUGCACUCCCGCCUGCUGAAGGAGGGCGGCCCCUCCCAGCAUGCCCUUCAGCGGAGCUCCAGCUCCGUCAGCGACGUGACCAGCACCUUCCGCCCCGGGAAGAGCUCCACCCACGGCCCCGCCCCCUGCCCCUCCCCCACCUCCUCACAUCGGGAGCCCCGCCCCCCUGCCACCCGCCCCAAACCCGUGCUCUUUCCCAAGGCUCAUUCAGCCGGCAGCCCCAGUAUGGGGUCCCCCACCACCCCCACCCCGCCUACACCUCCGCCUCCUCCACCUCCCCCACCCCCAACCCCUCCCACGGACAAGUCCUGUCCGUCCCCUCUCCUUCAGUGACCAUCCACAACUCCUCCACUUAUUUUUUGGUUUUCCUCUUUAUUUUGAAAGUGAUCUGAAAGCAGACUGCAGACUGUGCAGAAACGCAGUCGGGCAGAUACACAAGUCCUUGAUCUCUUACUCCCAUCGAUGUGAAGAGCUUGUGAGUGUGUUCGUGAUUAAACACACGCACACACACAGUCUCAGCCUUGUCAAGAUGUCACUGAGACGAGACCAGGCCAUACUUCCUGGAAUGGCGCUUCCUCGGAACACUGGGAAAUGAACGCUUGCGACUCCAGUCUCCGGGGCAACGCUGUAAGGAUCCUGUGAAUGUCGCCGUGGAAACGGCUGGGGCUUGUGAGGGGGAGACAGAAUGGACCUGCUUCUAAAGAGGCUGGGCGUGUGUGAAUAGACCUGAAACCAGACAUCAGGGACAGGGAGGACUUAGGGAGAGAAAGGGUGCGGGGGAGGGGGGGGGGGAGAGGGGAGGAGGGGGGGGAUGUCACUCAAAAGGGAAUUUAUGCUCUUAUCUGUGGACUCAUGUUUCAGAAGUGCCAAAUUUGAAGCCUCAAUGACUAAAUCAUACAGUCCCCCCAUGUCUACAGCUACAGAAGCAAGGCGGUGACAGGAGUACACAUGUAGCUUCUCUGCCCCCCCCCCCAUCGAACAGGGGGCGGAUCACGCCGAGCUGGGCUCAGGUGCACGCAGCGCUGUGGUCAGUCUGGCUUCGGCGCAGGUGUGAUGCGUGCAGUCCGCCCCUCCCACAGGAAGGGGAAGUGAAACGGGCCGUUUCCUCUGCGCUGUUCGGGGGGGAUGAAAGCCAGCCGGCGCCACGGCCGCGGGGAGCGCUGGCUUCUGUUCAGCAGGCCUCUCUCUCUCAGAUCAACCGCGUGGUGGAAUCAUAAGCCCUGUACGAGCAAGACAUCGGGAGCAUGCCUCAAGUACUGUUUCUGUCAGAGUCCUCCUGUGUUUGUCUCUGUCAGAUACGCCAUCAACAGCCAAUAUGUUUAUGUAUUCAGGUAAAAAAAAAAAUAAUAAUGUGAACUGGAAAACCUGCUGAGAAAUUAAGUCUUAAGGCUACAUUAUAGAUAUAAAGAUAGAAGCACAAUAGCAGUUACUUCUUUAUGCCUUCCUUCUUGAAUUAAGUUUUUUUUUUUUGACUUCAGGUUCUCAAAAAUAGUGAUAGUCUUACCUUAUUUGAUCCAGAAAACGACAAAAACACAGUCUCAGUGUGUCUACGUGUGUGCUUUUGUCUAUACUACUGCAUGUUAUGAUAGAAGUUGAAAAGCACUAAUUCUCAUAAGUGCAUGUUUAAUCUGGAGAAACCUCAAACCUUAGGUCUGACCUGCUUUUAAUGCUUAUUCUUUGCUCCUGGGUUUAAUCAAAACCAGUCUGACUCCAGAAGAACAAAAGAGAAAUUUGCAUUUUAGGAUUGUAUCUUGAUCCUUGAACUUCAGAUCCACAUGGAACAUAUGAAUUGGGACAUUACCCAUGUAGACCAAGGCAGACAUACAGUUUAUGUGGUUUUAUUUACUGUUGAAAGAAAUGUGCAAGUACACCCAUUUCUGCCUGUUCAUUUUUCAUCCAUUACCUAUAACUGUUAAAUAUAGCCUACUAUUAAUACUAGUUCAUCAUUGCUACAAACAAUAAUACAAGCAUUAUGUUCUUCAAAGUAAUUAUGGGUUUUUUAAGGUGGUUAGCAAACGGCAAUUUCUACUUUGAAAUGGUGGUUUUGAAAAUGAAUUUCCUGUAUGCUCAGGUCUGUAAUUUUGAGUUGAUUUGGAGCUUUGGCAUUUUUCUGAUCACUUCCUGACAAAAGUGAUAUGCCAAACACCAAAUGAAAAUCUUACCUGUUCAUCUUCUGGUUAUAGUCUGUUUAUGUUGAAGUCAUAAUUAAGUAGUCACGUGUUUUAAAUGUUUUCUAACAAUGUUAACCGGCACUUAAAAAUGAACUGGAGCCCCAUACUUGAUGAGAGCGGUUUUACCGUUAUAUGACCAGUCCUUGGUGCUCUGUGUUAAACGUUAAAGAAGAAUGGUGCUGGCCUGAGGGAGGUGUGUGAAGUCUGAGACCACAGCGACUCGCCCCUCCCUGACUUGAAGCCCACCCUGUCUGUGAAUCUACAAGCAAAACGCCUCCUUUUAUCACAUUUUACUGCUUUCCCUUUCUUUGGUGUGGAAAAGCAGAAAUGUGUGAUUUAUGGCGGGAACGUUGGCCGGCCGUUGCUAUAGUGACCGUCACCACCCCCCCCCCCCCCCCCAUGGCAGCAUAUUCUCAUCGGUACCCCUCACAGAGAGAUAAGGUUAUCUGCCGGGAUUGUGUGCUGCCCUUUGUUGAUCCUAAGGCAGCAGUGCGGCAUAAUGGUCAGCAGUUUCCCUUGUAACCAGGGAGCUGCACGCUUGAAUCCCGAGUGAGGCACAGCCGCUGAGGGACAUAAUCGCUACAUUGGGUAUCCAGCUGAGCGCUUGGAUAAUAAUUAACCCGCAGGUCUGCCUGCAUAAGCAGCAGAGCAGAGCACAGUUAAGCAAUAAACAGACGAUAACGAUUCAUACACCUGUCUUAAGGGCUAGCGAAUUCCCGAGUGUGCAUUGGAGAGUCCAUCCGCAUACUUUUCCUUGGGGUUCAUUUUCAGAUCCUUACAGCUUUUUUCUACAGGUAAAUUUUAAAGAAUUUCAGUUUCCAUUAAGAGACUGUAUGCAAUCACAGAGAAACUGUAAGGUCAGCCACUGACAGUUGUUCAGGGAAUAGUCCUACGUGCUCUUUAAGGGAAAGAUCUUUAUUCACUCUAAUUCAGGUCUGAGGUAUUGAGCUGCUGUAAAGGAAACUGUGGACCUGUUCACCCACAGUGGCUCGUAGCUCAGACCCGUCUCUGGGACCUGUAUAAUAAUAUAAUAGUGAAAUUAAAUGGUCAUGUUCAUUAAUCACAUACAGUGGCCAAAGUGCAUGGUCAGGAAUGUCCGGUUGAACUGAAGCUACUCUGCAGACAUGAUCGUGAUCGGAGUCCACGUUAUCCACGCUUUGGGAGAAUUUACUCUCAUUAAGGCGUUGGUAUUGUGUAAAUAUCGGUAUUACUCAGAUUGUUAAUGUACUGUAUUUAUGUUUUGGAUGUGGUCCACCGCUGCAUCGAUUGCUCGAGGGCAAAGAAAACGAAACGGAACCUUGUUAUCCAGGUUUUUAAAUGUUGCCUGUCAGUCAUCCAUAUUCAGUCAGUGAAAGCUUUUCUCGAGGUGAAAAAAACCAAAUGGUUUGGUUAGUCAUGCUGAAUGUUGUCACUGCUUUGAUGCACAUCAAACGGUCAUCCCUGAAACAUUAUCUGGUCCUUAGCUGACCCCUGCUGGUGGGGAUUUAUAUUGCAUCUUCUGGUGAUGGGGUUGCGAGUGUGAGUGAAUCUGGGUGGAAGGUGUUUUCUACCUCUGUAUAACUGGAAAUCGCAGCGUAGCAUUGAGGGGAAAUGUGAACGUGCGGUAAGCGGCAGGUAUUCCUGGGUGAUGCUCACUGGUUUUUGCUCGGUGUUUCUCGUGCAGUCAGAUGUCAGGAGUGGCGCGGACACCGCGUGCUGUCAGCAGGAUCAGCUUCGUUCGUUAACAGACGGUGGCUGCAGGUGGAAUUUAAGAAGGGAAAUGCACAAAGUCAAGACAGCCCAAACAGUUUGGAUAUUUAAAGUAGUGAAUUAACAUUUUUAUUUGGUGAAUGUGCAUGUUUCUUGCUGCCUGGACACACGUGGAUGAGGUGAGAAAUGUGUGAGAUUUAAAUACAGGUAAAAAUAUACUGUAUUCUUUAGGGCACCUUUUCAGUUUAUUAUAAAAAAAAAAAGAACUGUGCCUUCACCAGGAAUGUAAUUCUCCACUUUGAAUAUAAAAGCUGAUAUUUCUUUUAUCAUGAUGGUGAUUGCUGUUACAGACAGACAGACUGUAUUGCUGUGCAUUUAAGGUUUUCCACUCGAAUGUCAGUUUUAUGUGAAUAAUAAACCUGUGUCCAAGUGUACGUUGUAUAUAUGAUGCUGCACAUUACAGAGGUAUAGCGUUCUUUUGGUACUCUACUGUACAGUAUUAGCAAUAGUAAGAUGCUCUGGAAUAGACCUGAUGUAAUUAUGCAUAGUUCUUGUAAUGAACCUUUUUUUUAAAUAAACAUUGCUUGCCAUAGA